UCUCUCUCUCUGUUACAGUAUACGACAAAUUCAGACGACCGUCGCGUGUGUGUCGUUCCGACACGUCGUAGUCACAUUCACAACAGUAUCUACCUCAAAACAAUAGUUUUGGUUCCAUUCUCACCGACUAAAACUUCAAAACCCUCUCUCUCUCUCUAGUCUUUGUCUCUUCUUCCCCACUUCACUCUCUGGCCUUCUCUGUUCUCCUUCCCAAAGAUCUGUCUUCUUCUGCUCUCUUCUAUGGCCGAGUCCCCAGAACCGGUCUCUGUAACUGAGCCUGGGAGCUUAAACCCUGACUCGGAUCUGUCGUUUAAUGGCCGAGUCGAGAUAGACACUUCGACUCAGUUCGAGUCAGUCAGAGAGGCGGCGAACCGGUUCGGCGGUUUCGGUUUUUGGAGACCUUCUCACAAUUAUAAACCCCCAGGAGCCUUUCAGGAAAAUGUGGAAGGUGAUAUCAUUAGACUCAAGGCACAGGCUGCUGAGCUACAGAACGAUCUAAUUUUGAAAGAACGGGAGACGCUUGAGGUGGUUAAGGAGCUUGAGACCACUAAAGCCACAGUUAAAGAGCUUAACUUGAAGCUUCAGAAGAAGAAUGAAAAGGAGCUGUUGAGAGAAGAGGUUGAUGGUUGUUUCAAGCCAGCUGGUGCUGUACUGAAGGAUCUAAGCAAGGCAAAGAUGAAUUUAUGCAAGAGGACGGUGGAUCUUGCGGGUAUACGCGGGUCUGUUGAGGUCUUGAACAAGAAGCUGCAGGAAGAAAAGGCUGCACUUGAGAAGACCCGCGAGAGACUUAUGAAGAGGUCUUUGAAGGGUGAAACAGGCGAGAUGGAUGCGUUUGGAAUGAUGAAUGAGGUUCAAAGAGUUAGCAGUGAAGCUCAAGAGUUGAAGAGAACAGGAGAGAGCGCACGGGUGGAGAUUGUGAAAGCAAUGGCUGAGAUUGAAGACACAAGAGAGAAGAUUAAAACGGCUAAGAUCAGAUUGGUUGCGGCUAGAAAGAUGAAGGAAGCAGCCAGAGCUGCUGAGGCGGUUGCAGUCGCCGAGAUUAAGGCUGUUACAGGAAGCCAGAAGACGGACGAGGCCGAUGCAAUGUCGAGAGUUGAAGCUAAUGUUCUGAAGAAAGUAGACGAAACGGCGCAAGAAGUUGAAACCAGCAAGAAGGCAAUGGAGGAAGCUGUGGAGAUGGUUGACACUGCUAAUGCUACAAAACUCGAAGGAGAAGAGACGCUACGAAACCGGCAGUUAGAGAAAGGACAGAGGAGAAGAUUAUCUUCGUCAGUGAACAACACAGCCAAGUUCAAGAGCAGAAGAGAGACAACAACAACAACACCAAGAACGACGCGUCUGAUGGAUGUAAACGGUCUGCAUCUGACGUAUGAUGAUGUUGCUGUUGGUUCAUCAUCUUCAGUACCUGUCUUGAAGGCAACAAUGUCAAUCGGGCAAAUACUCAGCAAGAAGCUACUUGUUGCUGAGGAUUCAGAUGCGAUGAAUGUUGCUAGCGAGAGGAAGAAAAUGUCGUUGGGUCAGAUGCUGGCAAAGAAUAGCAAUGAUGAUGAAACUUGGAGCAAGAAGAGUGAAGGGAAGGAGAAUGGGAAAAGAUCAUUGACUCGAAAGAGAUUUGCUAAGAUCGCUAUGUUGCUGAAGAAAGAGAGCAAGAACAAGAAGAAGAUAGCUUUGAAGUUGAGGUGAUAGAAAUGAUCUGUGUAUGAUGACUUCUUGCUUGUGUUUUGUUACAAACAUUCUAUUAAGAAGUCUCUUCUAUAUC